AUGCACACACCCGGCAGGGCAAGGGCGGGAGGGCGGCACGGGGCCGAGGACGCUGAGCGGCGAGGCCGCUGGGGAGGCGCUGGGGGAAAGCGGCGGCCUUGGGAGCACAAGACCAGCGGCGGCGGAAGCUGGGCCCGGGCGCUGGGCGAGCCGCUGAGCGCGGCGCAGCUGCGGCGGCUGGACGAGCACCACUACAGCGCGGCGGGCGUGUCGCUGUUGGAGCCGCCGCUGCAGCGCUUCUGGACCUGGCUGCUGCGCUGGGUGCCGCUCUGGAUGGCCCCCAACACCAUCACGCUGCUCGGCAUCGCCCUCAACCUGGCCACCACGCUCGUGCUCGUCGCCUUCUGCCCCACGGCCACCGAGGAGGCGCCAGCCUGGGCCUGCCUCCUGUGUGCUCUGGGGCUCUUCACCUACCAGUCAUUGGACGCCUUGGACGGGAAGCAGGCCCGGAGGACCAACUCGUGCUCAGCCCUGGGGGAGCUGUUUGACCAUGGCUGUGACUCUGUUUCAUCGGUGCUGAUGGCCCUCGGCGCCUCCCUGGCUGUGCGCUUGGGGACACACCCCGACUGGCUGUUUCUCUGCUCCUUCCUCGGGAUGUUCCUGUUCUACUGUGCACACUGGCAGACCUACGUGUCGGGCAUGCUGCGGUUUGGAAAAGUGGACGUGACUGAGAUCCAGAUGGCCUUGGUGAUCGUCUUCAUCCUGUCUGCGUGCGGAGGAGCAACCAUGUGGGACUACACGAUACCCAUUCUAGAAAUACGAUUGAAGAUCUUUACAGCGCUCGGAGUGGUAGGUGGAGCUAUGUUUUCCUGUGCCGGUUAUUUCCACGUCAUCCUGCAUGGCGGUGUUGGCAAGAAUGGAUCCACGAUAGCAGGCACCAGUGUGCUGUCGCCUGGACUCCACAUAGGACUGAUUUUUAUCCUGGCAGUAAUGAUCUAUAAAAAGUCGGCCACAAACCUGUUUGAAAAGCACCCGUGUCUUUACACCCUGAUGUUCGGGUGUGUCUUUGCUAAAGUUGCACAGAAACUAGUGAUAGCUCACAUGACUAAAAGCGAACUGUAUCUUCAAGACACUAUCUUCAUUGGGCCCGGUCUUUUGUUUUUAGACCAGUACCUUAACAAUUUUAUAGACGAAUAUAUUGUUCUGUGGAUAGCAAUGGUCACUGCUUUACUUGACAUGCUGCUGUACUUCAGUGCUUUGUGCCUACAAAUCUCAAGACACCUGCACCUCAGUAUCUUCAAGAUUUCCGGUCACCAAGCGCCAGAACAGGUUCACAAGCAUGUUGACUAAUAGCCGGAGGAAGAAAGGAACAGUUAGGGAGCCUAGGCGAGGAGGCAGCCCUGCAGGCACAGGAUGCUGUCGGACAAGGGGCUGUUCACUAGGAACAAGUCCUGCAGAUGCCCUGUGUCUGCUGUGUAGCAACGCCUCACGGUGCAUCACCCACAUUUUGGUCACAGGUAUUACAGCUGGACAGCCUGUAAACUCCUAAGAAAUGAGACCAAACAUUUUAGCCCUCAGGCUAAAGAAGCGUGGAACCCCUAUACAUCUAAAUGUCUUUGUGUCUACAAAACACUCAUCAGACCUUACCAAGAGUGCAUAGAAACUCAGAACUUCAGUGACUUUUGCCAUUUUGAGAGUGACACUAAGACAUAAUGAGCUCCCACCACCACAGCGUGCAUGGUUUAUGACACUGUCACAGCAGUGGAGAAGGAGAUUCUCCGAGCCACUUCCCAUGAGGUGUGCUACUACUGUGGUGGGAAAGGAAGUCACUGCUUUCAUGUAUAAAGUAGACUUGAAGAGCACUGGGAAUUUUUAUGAUUUGUUUCUAGUGAAAGGAAUUUGUUACACCAACUCAGAAAAGCUCAAGGCUUUAUAGUUAGAGUAACUUGUUCCUUGAUACUUAAAAUUUCAUUGCCAUAAAAAGGUGGUUAUUAAAUCUUCCCUUCAAUGAAAAACCAGCUAGUAGCUAAAUCAGUCGACAUGGACAGUAACCCAUAAGAGCAAGGCAGAAUGCCACCCCUGAAGAGCACCAGGUGAGAAGUGCAGGAGGCUGGCCCCGUAGGCCCUCUUGCUGUCCUAGCCUCAGCUGGGAAAAUUUGGGCUGUGCUUCAUAAGUCCAGCGUUAUCACAGAGAUCUUUGGGGAGCCAAAUCUUGAGGUCCCGUCUAAGCCUGUUUCUAGUUCUCAGGCCACAUGAUGGCGGGGCGCGGGGGGCUGGCACUAAGCAGGAGAAAGGCACAUACCGAAGGAAAAACAGCAGAAAUGGACAUUCCUUAAAAGGCAAAAAGCACUUAGGUGAAUUAAGCAGAGGAGCCCCGUGCAUUUCCCCUUGUCAUCAGUGAAGUCAAAGCGGCUGUGGCAGCUGUGUAACUAGGACUUAAGAUUUCUGUUCUGGGCCUGCAGGGUGUGGGAGAGUGGAGCAGCAGCUGGGAGUGCUUGGCCACCUAACCAGUCCUCAUUUUUUAAAUUUGAGAUAGGGUCCUGCUAAAAUGCCUGGGCUGGGCCCAAACUUAAGAUC